AUGUCAACUGCCCAGCCGGUAAGAGAAAACUCGGACUCAAUUCAUCUCUGAGCAUCGAUUCUGCUCCAGCUGUCAUCGAUCCGCCUCAUGAUGACUUCAGAUGAUGCUUCUUCUGAAGUUCCUUCGCCUCCGCAACGGGAGGAAUCAAGUGUCGUGGAAUCCAUUGGUGACUCCGAAUCACCCCAAUCCCCACCCGAAUCGACUUUCACCCACACCUUGCCUAUCCACACUCAUGUAACAAGCUCGAUCCUUACCAAAGAAACAAACGAGCCUGUAUCAUUGGGCGGUCUGAAGAACCUAGGCAUGCUUGUGCUUUUGGCAAACAAUCUACGCCUGAUCCUUGAGAACCACACCAAGUACGGCUUUCUGCUUGGAAACCCUUUCGCAACAGUACCAAUCGGCGAUGUGAAAAAUACCGUGUUGGUGUGGUGCUUGAUCCCAUUGCAUAUUCUUUUCGCGGUCACCAUCGAGAAAUACAUUGCCAAAAAGGCGAUCGGUACGAAGAAGAAGCAUGUGGACAACCCAACGGCUCACUUUAGGGACCACUUGUAUUGUCUGGCCCAUGUUAUCAAUGCAGGCUGGCUUCUUGCAUACGUUACAUAUCUUGUGUACUUUCACAUAUAUCAUCCUUUACUCGGAUCAGCUUGCGAGGUGCAUGCUCUCAUUGUCUCGAUGAAGUUGAUGUCGUACUAUUUCACCAAUCGCGAUCUUCGUAAAGCGUUUGUGAAAGACGAUCCAGUACCCAAGGAUUAUGUGCUUCAGUACCCGCAAAACAUCAGUGUACGAAACAUCAUGUACUUCUGGUGGGCUCCUACACUGGUCUACCAACCUUCAUACCCGCGUUCCAACGUCCCUUUCCGCAAGCUUUUUUUCUUGAAGAGAUGUGGUGAGAUUUCUGCUUUAUUCUUUGCUCUAUGGUUUGUUUCCGCGCAGUAUGCCAAUCCCAUCCUCAUCAACUCGCUCAGCGCCAUGCACGACUUGAGGGUCAGCGUCAUCGUUGAGAGAAUACUGAAGCUAUCCACGGUCUCAAUCGUCAUCUGGCUGGCCGCGUUCUUCUGUAUCUUUCAAUCGAUACUCAAUGCUCUCGCCGAAGUAAUAGGCUUCGGAGAUCGUUCAUUCUACAUGGACUGGUGGAACGCAGGCUCCCUGGGUACCUACUGGAGAUUAUGGAACCGACCGGUGUACAACUACAUGAAACGACACGUUUAUUUGCCUCUCCGAACACGAGGAUUCUCCGCUACGCAAGCGUCAACAAUCGUUUUCCUCAUCAGCGCCUUCCUUCACGAGCUCCUGGUUGGCAUCCCAACACAUAAUCUUAGUUUCAUUGCCUUUUCCGGGAUGAUGUUUCAAGUGCCACUCAUCAUGCUGACUGCACCACUGGAAAAAAUGCGGGGGCCUGGAACGGUUAUCGGCAACUGCAUCUUCUGGGUUUCUUUCGUGAUUGUUGGGCAGCCAACCGCAGUUCUGUGGUACUACUACAGAUGGCACGCCAUGCAUGGUACCGUAGGCCAAUCGCACUGAAGACCGAAGCCGUUUCGCUCUCACUUAACCUACAACGCAUGUUUCGGUUGUUCCCACUACCGGGCAUCGGCCCUUUGUACUUCGGUUUUGACAUAUACCCCAUAUUUUCUAAUGAGAUACUUGCCCGUCUGCG